UUUAUCGUGUUUAAAGUUUACCAAAUCGGCGCUGCAAACUCAGUCAGCAUUUGCAGUUAAAGCUAAGUAAAUGAAGCGAAUAAGUGAAGUCACUUUCUUUCUUGUGGCACUCGCGUUUGGUGGCGUGCAUGGCGAGUGCGAUAAGUGCAAUACUAAUAAUCCUGUAGCUUGUCACAGCGAAACGGUCUAUUCACUCUGCAUUAAUGAUCAACCAACCAUGAAUUUCGUCACAUGCCCCACUGAUUAUAUAUGUACAAGCGAUGUGUAUGUUUGUUAUCCAAGCAAUUCGUCAGUUGCAAGUUGCACUAAUUCAACUAUCGACGAAACAUCUCAGUGCGGCAUUUGUGCAUCCAGGAAUAAUUUGUAUGCAUGCCUUAAUGAAACGACCAUUGCGUUCUGUUUUACCGACGGUGUGCCACAUUACGAGUCACUUUCUUACUGUCCAGCGGGCACUGUCUGCGAUUUGAAUGCGGAAAGUGGAUUUUGCACAGCCUCCACAAAAACUACGCCAAGUUGCAGACAAAGCCAAUGGACAACCCCGGUACCCACCACUGCAACGAAUUCUGUAUCUACUAGUGAUACGACUCCUAUAGCCACCACUACAACAACUCCUGUACCUACCACUACAACAACCCCAGUAGCCACCACUACAACAACUCCUGUACCUACGACUACAACGACUUCUGCUGCUACCACUACAACAACUCCUGUACCUACCACUACAACAACUCCUGUACCUACCACUACAACGACUCCUACACCUACCACUACUACAACUCCAGUACCCACCACUACAACGACUUCUGCACCUACCACUACGACACCUAUAUCCACUACCACAACAACUCCAGUACCCACCACUACAACGACUCCUGUACCCACCACUACAACAACUCCUGUACCUACGACUACAACGACUCCUGCACCUACCACCACAACGACUCCUGCAGCUACCACUACAACAACUCCUGUACCCACCACUACAACAACUCCUAUACCUACGACUACAAUGACUUCGACACCUACCACUACAACGAAUUCUGCACCUACCACUACAACAACUCCAGUACCCACCACUACAACAACUCCUGCACCUACUACUACUACAACUCCUGUACCUACGACUACAACGACCCCAGUACCCACCACUACAACGACUCCUGCACCUACCACUACAACAACUCCAGUACCCACCACUACAACGACUCCUGCACCUACCACCACAACAACACCUAUACCCACCACUACAACAACUCCUGUACCCACCACUACAACAACACCUAUACCCACUACCACAACAACUCCUGUACCCACCACUACAACAACUCCAGUACCCACCACUACAACGACUCCUGUACCCACCACUACAACAACUACUGUACCCACCACUACAACGACUCCUGCACCUACCACUACAACAACUCCAGUACCCACCACUACAACAACUCCUGUACCCACCACUACAACGACCCCAGUACCCACCACUACAACGACUCCUGCACCUACCACUACUACAACUCCAGUACCUACGACUACAACGACCCCAGUAUCCACCACUUCAACAACUGCAGUAACCACCACUACAACGACUCCUGCACCUACCACUACAACAACUCCAGUACCCACCACUACAACGACUCCUGUACCCACCACUACAACGACUCCUGCACCUACCACUACAACAACUCCGGCUACAACCACUGAACACGAUCUUACUCCGGCGGAAAUUUGCGAAAAUUAUGGCACAUCGGGUACCAUUGCUUACCCUGGUGAUCUUACGUGUAAAAUGUCUAUUCAGUGUAGCGAAACUAAUAAUGUUUGGAAUGCAGUCGUAAAUACAUGUCCUACGAAUCAGUGGUUUGAUCCUACUUUAAAAUUUUGUACCACAACAUAUAGUUGCCCCACUCAGAGUACUUCAACAACGACAAUGACAACCACAACCACAACAACGACAACACCAGAUCCAACCACAACUACAGCAGCUCCUACUCUGGAGGAAAUAUGUCAAGAGCACGGCACGGCGGAUACAAUUGCUGCACCCAAUGACACUACUUGUACAAAAUACAUCGUCUGUUCGAAGCCUGGGGCUAGUUGGAUUGCUCAGGAGUAUACUUGCAAGGUUGCCUUUGAUCCGACUACAAAAAAAUGUAGCACUACUUAUGUCUGUACAACGUAGAGGUAUCGGCGCUCUUAAGAGCGUCUCUUGCAGAAAUAGUUGCACAAAAUAGAUAAUGAAAAAUAAUUUUUAAGAAACACUUACUUCCUGUUUUGAACUUUGUAAAUUUCACGUCAGGAUCACAUUGAUAGAUUUUAAAUUAUUUACAUGAAUAAACGGGAUACCUAAGCA